UCAUGUUACUACCUCAGGCACCUGGUAGUUUGACCAACUGCGCAGUCCAAGUCCUUCUUUGGCAUUUUACGAGUUUCCUUACUCUCUUCACCUUUAUUUGUAUAUUUAUACUCUUCUUCACAAUGUCCGUUUCUUCUUGAGCCUAGACGAUGGCGAGUUUGAACAGCUGCCUCUCCCACAAUGUCUUACGGCAGCAGAGCGCUGCAUUCUUCUUCCGAGUGCUACUAUGAUCUUUUGUCGGUCUUCAUACGGCAGACACGCCCACAUACGCGGACUCGACUUCGAGACCUCUCUCAACAAAGACAAUUCCAUGAUUAUUUCGUUACUCAUCUGCCUUCCUCGUCCUUACACCCAGACUCUCGCUCCUUGACAGGGCUGGCCCACAAAUUCCCGAGGAAAGAUUCAACGCCUCAUACACCAGAUGGAGGAAGGUCUGCGCCAGCUACACAUCCAUCGGUUCUGAGAGACACUACUGUUGUUCGCAUACCACUCAAAAGUGCCAAACAUCAUUAUGGGUCGUCGGUCUCUCGAGGAAGUAGACCGUACAAUGAAGACUCACACCAGGCCGGUGUUAUAGAGCUUCCUGCAUUUGCGAAAAGGCCGCCACGGUCCAUCACCGCAAAAUCAAGACCUGGCGAGGGGACAUCUGCAGAAGGCGCGUCAGGGGACCCCCAAGUUUUCUAUUUCGGCGUUUUCGAUGGGCAUGGUGGGGCGGAGUGUAGCGACUUUUUGAGAGAAAAAUUACACGAUUACAUUGAAAGAUCGGCCCAGUCAUUUGAGCUGCAGUCGAGCUUGCAAAAACCUGGCGAACGAAAGUCCAAGUCUGUACCUGUCCCAGCAGGAUUUGAUCCCGCUGCUGGAAAAGAGAAGCAGAGCAGAGGAAGCCGUGGCCUCUCCAGUUCAGACGAAGCCGAAAGCCCUAAGCAGGACGAGGGACAAUCAGGAGAUGGCAGUGCCAAAAGUCCAGACAAAGGCCAGCAGGCUCCGUAUGCUGGAGACCCACCACUCAUCCAGAGUGCAAACAGACAACAAAUCAAGACCCUGGAGAAGGAGCUGACGAGGAAUUGGGAGGAGCUAGUCGGCGGGUACUUUCGACGAUUCAAACCGGCAUACUUUUCCAUAUUCAGUGGUUACCAGAAACUGGGUGAAGAAUCCGAAUCCCUACGAAAGGCCGGUCAAGCCGUCGACACCGGGGCUGCCAUCGAAGAAGUCAUCAGCUAUGCCUUCUUGAAAGCGGACUAUGACUUUGUGUCGGCACAGGCUGCGAAAAAAUCCGAGAGUAGCGACAACACCCGAGCUGACCGACCCCUUAAUGAGGGUGAUAUCCUGGGUGAACCCUUCAAGCUUGCUGCGCAUAUAGGAGGGCCGAAUAGAUUCAAGGGCGGUAGUACUUGCAGCGUCGCACUGGUCUCUACGCCAUCCCCCACACCAUUCUGGAAUCCUUCGACAACUUCGUCAUUGCUUGUUGCACAUGUCGGAGACACGAGGAUUCUUCUCUGUUCUACCGAUUCUGGCGUUGCCGUCCCAUUGACGACCAAUCACCAUCCUUCGUCACCCAUUGAAAGCAACAGGCUUAGAAGAUAUGCUGCUACCUUCGUGACGGACUCAUUUGGCGAGGAACGGAUAUCAGGACUUGCGAAUACGCGGGCAUUCGGCGACAUAGAAUCCAAACGAAUCGGAGUCAGCGCGGAACCGGAGAUCAAGAGGGUUGAUUUGGGACCGGCCGAAUACUCCUUCAUGGUUUUGAUGUCCGAUGGUGUCUCUGGGACCUUGGAAGACCAGGAAGUGGUCGACAUCAUCAAAGAGGCUAGAACUCCUGAGCAAGCUGCCAGAGAUGUGGUCAACUUUGCUACUGAAGUCUCUACAGAAGGCGAUAAUGCUACUUGUCUGGUUGUCAGGAUGGGAGGUUGGGAACGACGACAAGAGGGCGGUUAUGGCAGCCUAGGAACCAAAGAAAGUCGAGAUUGGAAGCGACAAAGUGCUUCAGACCCGCGAAGUCGACGUCAAUAAACAGCAGACCCAAGUUAUCGAGAUCAUACUCAAAUACGGAGUCUCUUGAUCCCAUGGUACGACAUGGGGUCGACAUCGAUGGCUACCUAUGUAGAAUACCAGGAGCAUCAUCCAUGCUCAAUAGUAGAAGAGAA